AUGUUGGAGUACGAUAAUUCAGCUUUCUACUACUUCUCCGUAUCACUCUGCGCUCUGUAUGUCGUGCCCGUGACUUUCUUAUCGCUACGUCGUAUUUUCUAUGGCGUUUUCUUGAAGGAUCGACUUCUCGACAAGAGUCACGUGCGCUGUGACCGUGAAUUGCGAAAGCUCAAGCAACUACAGGCUGAAAAGACGGCCUUUCGCAAUGUUUUCUCGCUUCCCUUCGUACUUAAUCUGCUAGUGCUUGCCGCCGUCUGGUACGGACUCGUACGUAUGUCGAUGCUACUUAAGGACGACUCGGAGAUCAAAUCAUUCGACCCGUUUGCUAUCCUCGGCAUCUCCACAGGCGUCACAGAGCGUGAGAUUAAACGUGCCUAUCGUAAAAUGAGUCUCCUUUACCAUCCGGAUAAGAAUCACGGCGAUGCUGUGGCUGAGCAAAAGUUCAUGCUCGUAGCUAAGGCCUACGAAGCACUUACGGAUGAGGUGGCCAAGGCAAAUUAUGAAAAGUUUGGCAACCCGGACGGACGUCAGGCCAUGCAGCUAUCUAUUGGCCUUCCUACCUUUUUGCUGGACCCUGCUAACCACAAUCUAGUGCUUUUUCUAUAUCUGAUUAUUCUCGUCGUUGCAAUCCCGAGCUGCGUCGCUUUAUGGUACUCGCACUCGAAGAAGUAUGGAGACAGCAUGAUCAUGUACGAUACGUACGGCUUUUACAACUUUGCCAUGUCGCAGCACUCGCAUCCGCGGACGUUGCCGGAGAUUUUGGCAGGCUCGGCUGAAUUUCGCGAGAUUCCGCGACACUCAACGGACGAGGUGGAGCUGAAUGCGUUGUCGAAGAAGUUCAAGCAGAUGGAAAUGAUGGCCAAGCCCAAGUUCAACCACCCUGCUAUCAUUAAGGCCAACUUGCUCCUACAUGCGCACUUUCUGCGUGAAAAGCUGAGCCCCACGCUGCAGAAAGACCUCCACGCGAUGCUGAAGAAAUCUAUUCAGCUGGUGGACGGAAUGUUGGAGAUUUCGGUCAUGAAGUCUUGGCUGCAGACCACACUCAAUCUAAUGGAGAUGCAGCAGUUCUUGACACAGGGACUCUGGUUCAAGGACCCGCCUUUCCUGCAAUUGCCGCACCUGACAGAGUCGGAGGUCAAGCACAUUGUCACAGGCAAGAGCGCUGUGCGUAGCAUGCACCAAUACAUUGCUAUGAAGCCGGAAGAACGUAAGGGGCUGGUCGAUUUGUCGGAGGAGAACCGCGCCGAAGUGAACAAAGUGCUAGAGAUGAUGCCUAACAUGGAGCUGCAGAUUUCGAUAGCUGUUGACGAUGAAGAGUUUAUUGCUGAGGGUGACAUUAUGACGGUCACUGUCAAGCUUACCCGUAAGAACGUGAAGGAAGGCGACACGUGCGACCUGGUGUACGCUCCGCGAUUCCCGUACCCGAAGAUGGAGCGCUGGUACUGCGUGGUGGGCGAUACGAAGAUGAACCAUCUUCACUCUUUUGCUAAAAUGACAUCACAAGAGCAUGUGUUUGAGCAGAAGCUGCAGCUGCAGGCCCCACCAAAGGCUGGCACCUACCAGCUGGAUAUUUUUGUUAAGAGUGACUCAUACGUCGGCAUGGACUUGCGCGCUGUUGCUAAGUUUAACGUUGCCCCUGCAUCCACUCUUCCGGUUUAUCAGCCGCACCCAGAGGAUUUGGAAUUAGAUAACGAGCCCACACUGUUUGAGCAGGUGAUGAACGCUGCGGACUCGAGUGAUAGCGAGAAAGAGGAUGAGGACUUGGAGCAGGAUGAAAGUGAAAAGGAGACUAAGGAGAGUAAGAAGGAAAAAUAG